CACGCUCAUGAAAUAAUGGUUUGGCUUCAAACGCAGAUGCGCUGUCACUUCGACCAUCAGAACUUCCAACAAAGAAAGGUACUAAGAUGGUCUAAUACAGCUAACAGGAUGGCAGAUGAUAAUGAGACAGCACCAUCAUCGCCACCGCUUCCAAAGCGGGGGGCAUACAGUAUUGACUUUGAUGCUUUAGAUGAAAUGUCAGACCCAUUUGCUCCCAAAAAAGCACUGGGAUCCUCACCUCCAAUUAAAGCGGCUGCUCCGAUAUCCUAUGAUAAUCUUGACGAUAUUGACGAUCCUUUCAAGCCGAGAAGUGCACUUUCCAACUCUCCCGGAGGAUCUAAAGCUGACCCUCCUCCUCCAGCAAACGAGUCUGAUAACAUGGAAGAUCCCUUUAAGUCUAAGUCAAAAGUAGCUAGUUCACCACCAGGGUCGCCGAAAGUCAUUGCUCAGAACAACAAUGUGAAGGAAGUUGGUUUCAGUGAGGACUCUCAAGGAGAUGUAUCACCCAAAGUGCCUGUUGAUGCAGACUCAGUGCCCAAAGCUGACAGCUUACCUGUAGAAGAGCAAAAGAAGCAAGAGGUUACUCCAAAAAAGAAGAAAAUUAUGAAAAAGCCGAAAGUCCAGUCUAAAUUCAAACCUCCAAAGAAUAUAAAGAAACCACAGGACUCUGAAGAUAUUCAGAUCUUCAUGCCAGACCCUGUGAAUGAUGAAACUAAACCACAGCCUGAGACAGAGCCUCCAGCACAGACUGAAGUAAAGUCUGAGGACAAACCUGCUGAAGUGAUACAGCCCCCUGCAAUAGAACCUGAGCCGGUGCCUGAUCCUGUCAAUAAUUUACCAGAUGUUGUUACCGCUAAUGAAAGUGCAAAAGAGAAAAAAGUUUCAAAAGGGAGUGAGUCUGCAGAAGAUGUGCCCCAGGAUGCUGCCCCGGAUGCCCUUGCGUCCAGUAUGGAAAGUGACCAGCCUUUCCUGGAUCGAGAGGGAUCAGAGGAGCCAGAACAUGCCAAUGAGGGCUUUGCAACAGCUGCUGAAGCAAUAGAUGGUGCUAUUGAUACAGAUUUAAUGGACAGAUCUGAAGACCCAGAGGAAAAUCUUCCAAGCAGUCUACAUCAUCAAGGGAGCAUGUUCACCAUUCAAAGAGUGACCAUGACCUUUUAAUGAGCAGUCCUGCUGUACUACAGCCAGACAGCAGCAAACAUCCUGCUGCAAGAGCCCUAGAGGCGGAACAAGCAGGAGGCAACCUGAAAGUUGCUGAACAAAAGAACGAAUCUAGCUCGGAGGAAAGCCAGUUUUUCGAUGCUUAUGAAUACCCUCCAACAGCCCCACAAUCUAAGGUGUGCCAGAAAUCAAGUGCAAUGGAGACCAGCCAGAAUGCCAAGGAAGAUGGUGACGGCAAAGGAACUGUUGUUCAGUUGGUGCAGGACAGUGACAAAGGCCAGGUCCUGCGCUACUCCCAGACAGACUGGAACAAGCUGAAGCAGGAGCAGGAGUUGAACUUUCAGACAAGUCUUCUGAACAAGGAGCGAGACUGGAGCCUCCUUCUGGGGGACCGCGACAAGAAGAUCUCCGGUCUAGAAGACGCCAACCGCAAACUGAAACAUACCAAUGAGGAUAUGAGAAUGGUUGUGACAGAAUUUGAGAAAACUAUCUCUCAAUUGCAGGCUGAAAAAGAAAAGACUCGAACGGAUUCUAGUAAAAGUCUUCAGUCCGUUGAACAUGAAAGAGACCAGGCCCUUGAAGAUCUUCAGUCUGUGGAGUCAGCGUUCUCAGACCUGCACAGACGCUAUGAGAAGAGUAAAACAAUCAUUGAAGGAUUCAAAAGGAAUGAAGAGCAGCUGAAGCUCUGUGUCAGCGACUUGCAAGAAAAACUGAAGAAGUCGGAUGCAAAGAUGCAGUCCUUGAAGUCUCAGGCUGAGGAGAAGUUAGACAGAGCGAAUGAGGAUAUUGAAAAGAUAAAGAAGACAACAAAACAGGAUAUAAUACGUUUGGAAGCUGCAUUGAAGAAGGCAGAACUACGCAUCUCUGGUUUAGAAGACAGUUUACAAAAUAAAGAGAAGGAGAAUCAAGAGCUGACAGCCAUUUGUGAUGAAUUAAUAGCCAAGGUGGGCUCCUAGCUCACGGCGUCCUAAACACUUCCUUCAUUUCAUCAUAUCACAGCAAAACCCAUUUCAGUGUUGAAGCAGUCCUUAUGGUGUCACACUGAAUUUCUCCGCUAUAACCUCAGGUGCUAGACAUGGUUUCUUGUGACUCCGCAUGCCAACUACAGACAAGAACAAAGGGGUUUCAAAGGAGAAAAGGAAGGUCAGCAAUGAUAAAGAGAUUUUGUGGAGCAUUAGCAAGCACUUGUGCCCACAUUUCUGAAUAUGAAAGUUUUGUUGUCACAUUCGGAAUCUAUGAAUGGAGAAUAUAAUUCAUGAAAACUUCAGCGAUUUGUGAGUUGAGAAAGUUAGAUAUUUUUCAAAUUAGUUGCGUCCAUCCUGACAAGUCAAAUGUUGAAAGGGAACAAAGUAAUAAUAAGUUAGGGAAGUGAAGGGUGGUCAGAGGUUCCGAGUCUUUACCUUGUUUGGUAUUUUCCUUGACAGAGACUUGAAUGGUGUUAUUUGGGAUGGUUGUAUUUGUUUUCCUUUUGUCCACCUUCACUUUGGCAGGUUUAUUUGAAUUUCUUUUUAGGGUGUCCUCGAAAAAUAGGCACAAUGUACUUGAAGCCCUCUAGUCAAACAAAGGAGGCAUGUCAGUCUUGCGGCAUAAUCAUUUCUGUCCCCUCAAAGGUCCUAAGUAUUCUACGGAUUGGUCAUCUGUCAUAUGUCAAAUUUGCACCUGGUACAAACAGAUUUAUUGUGAAGAUUUAUGAAAACAUGUGUCAUUCUUGAAAAGAUGAUCUUAUUUCUACAUUACUUUUGACGUCUUUUGUUCUGCAUUAUGGUGAAUUUCCCAUGUUUUUAUCUUUCCUCUUUAAGCUGUACAUGAGAAUAUUGAGAACAAAGCAUGCGUAAAAUGGUACAUUGUCAGCGUAGUGGGUGGAAAAGCAAGCCAUAAAAGAGAAGUUAGACUACUUUGAACUGUCCCGUUUGUCUGUGCGUCUCUGAAGAUAAGGAAUCAGUUGACCACAAGAGUUAUGCAAUGACCUGAACCUGUCUCAGUUUUUCACUAUUAUCGUGUCGUCUUCAUUGUGAGGAGGGUUCUCAGUGGUAUUUGUCUUCACUUGCUGCAACUAAAUCAUGUGAAGCUUACUGAAAGGGAAAAUCCCUGUUUGAAAUAUGAGCACUUUUAAAAAAAAUAGCUAGUCUUGUGUGAGAGGCAUGCACUAGAAAGGUGAGUGUGAAAUCACUUUCAAAUAAUCUCAUGCUUUUGUGCCUUUUUAAUAUAUAUGCUAUUAGUUUUGUAUUAUUUGUUCUUAUCUUUUACAAAAUCAAUUGGGUUGGGUUCAUUUCCCAUGAUUUGAAAGUGCUUUGACUUCUGUAGCAUUGAUCACAUUUGUUUUAUAGCUAUGUGCAUGCCGCUGUGUGAAUGCUUUUGAUGUAGUUCACAAUCUUGAUAAUCUUGUAAGUAUCUCAGAAUUUCUACUUAUCAGUCUCGGAGAGAAAACAGGAAACAUCUAACAUAAAGUAGUGGCUUUUUUGGUAUUUGGGGUUUUUUUUUUUUAAGUCAGUAUCUUUGGGGGUGGGGGGGUGUUGUUUUGUUGAUUUUUUUCUUUACCUGGAAAAUUUGAUGUUUAGAUUUUGCAUUUUUUUUAUUCAAGCUUAGUAUUGACUAUUAAUAUUGGUCUGCUGAAGCUGCUGCUGUUCAUGUUUUGAUAACGAUUAUCAUUCUCACAAUGUCUCCAAGCUCUUUUAAACUGAUGAAAAUGUAGAAAUCUUACACAAGAGAAAGGAAUCAACAUCUGAUUCUGAAUUGUAGCCAAAGACACCUGUGUAGGUUAAGUAGAUUAUAUGAAGUGUCAUAACAGCAAUGGGUGACAGCUGUGCUUUUCUGCUGAUCGCUUUUAGGAUUUGAAAUCUUUGUUUGCCGAUUAUAUUAUACCCAGGAUAUAAUUCCAACUUUAAGGCUUGUUAUGUGUAUCUCCUGCUAGCACACUGACCUAGUUCAUCUGUUCUAUCUCAUUUCUAGAGUUUACUUAUAGCUUGCAAGGAUGUAAACUUCAUGAGUUGUGUUUUUCUUGUAGAGACAAAAAGAGCUUUGAGCAGUAAUGUAGUACCAUGACUUUAUAAUUGACUGGUAUUUUACCACGUCAAUGCCACUGUGGAAUUAUCACAAAUAUCUCAUAUGAAUGAAUUAAGUAUUGCCCAUGUAUAUUGAGAAGUUGUUAUUUUUAUUCAUUGUGGCAAUUAUGGAGGUAUCAUGAAUAGAUGUUUGAGUUUGAGUGGGAGUGUGCGUGUGUGUGUUCACAUUCCAUACUGUGAUCAGCAUUGUGUCUGAACUGUCUUGCUGCCUCUUCAUUAUUGUUGUAAUAAAAGCUAAGGGCCUUGCUUUUACUUUUUACUUUUCUGUACAAAAGACCCUAAGCCCAGUGUGAUUUCAGGUAUUUGGGUGGUUCCUUAGAUUAUAUUUUACAUGUAUAUAUACGCCCAAUAUGUUUGUAUAAUUGUAGCUCUUGGUGAUAAUAAUCUGUGUGUCUUGUCCAGUUGUUUUCUUAAUAUCUUGGAAGUGAGUAGUAUCAGUGAGAGUAUUGACAGCAUGCUCAGAGAUGCCAUAGGCAGAAGUGAUUAGUUUCUAGGUGAGUUUCAGAUAGUAAGAAGAGACUCUUUUUAAUAGUUAGAUUUUGUUAUCAUGCUGUGCAUGCCAUAACUGCAGUGAUGACCUCAUCUUUGAUUCAUCAUAAUCUUGGUUAAAAUGUAUUUUGUACGUUUAUUUGAAGAUUGCGUGAAGAAGCACCAAUCCCAGGAAAAUAUCUCUUUUCACAUGCAAGUGUAUCCCCUUAUCUUAAACUCAGUCAUCAGCUAAACGUGGAUGUCAUUAUUUAUUACACCACAAUACCCAAGCAACAAGCGACUUAUUUAUUGUCAGGAAAAUGUGCAUGGUAUCUGGCCUAGAUUAUAAUUACUAAAGGCACUACAUUUUCCCUUUAUUUUGUUCCUUUGGCUUUUGAUAUACUCAUUUUACAUGUUGGCAUUACCUACACAGGUGUAAGAAAUGGAUUUUGGUUCUCUUUCACAUUUUACUCCGCAGCAAUGUAAUGUAAUAGAAAUUGUAUUGGAAAUGUAGGCCACAUUUAUUCCCCUUGCACAUCAGGUUGACAUAUUGAUUAGCGUGCUUACAAGUUUCUUUGCAGGUACCAAUACUGCAGAUACAAGAGGUCUUACCCCAUGCUGGUUUUUCUUAGGCUUUUUUUUAUCUCCCUCCUCCUGAAUUGGUGUCUUUGUUUUUAUCUUGUGAAGUCUUUCAUUAUUAUCAAAGCUUUUGGCUUUCUGUUUAAAACAUUGGAAGGCAUUUUUCAAAUGGUAUUUAACUUGGUAGAAUAAACAGUUUUAAAACAGUGUCGGUCCAGUUUGUUUGUGUUCAGUUUCAUUUAAUUAAAGAUGAAAUUAAAGUACAUUUUCCUAUCUGAUCGUACCACACCUUUUCACAGAGGAUUAAUUAUUAAUGAAUUCUAUAUAGAAAAUGAAUUUAAUAUUAAUAUAUAUGGAAUCUUUAGGCAAGUUGUUAUGAUGGAGUUGAAUGUCAGUCUCUUCUAUCUGAAUGUAUAUUAAUUUACUGAGAUUAUAGUCUGUUGCAAGCCCUAUUUAAUACACAUGAAAUAAAACUGACCUAAAAUAAA